UUAUUAAAUGUACGUCUAGAUUUUUAGGUAAAUAAUGCAUUACGUUAGCGUGCCCAUGAUAGAAAACAUGACAAAAUUAUAAUUAUAUCACAAAUAUGUGUAUAUGACAUACAUAUAUUUAGGAUACGAACACUUAGAUCAAUAAUUUUAACAUGAUUGGGCCGAGUAUCUACGAAUUGCGUAACCCAAAACCAGCAUCUACUUCAAAAGAAGUUAGUUCCAUAAAAAAAAAAUCGCUCAAUCUUAAACUUUAAAUUUAUCGAUAAAUAUAGGUGAAUUGUGUCAGGUUAAACGAAUGGGUUAGGUUAUGAUUUUUUUUUUUUGCCAUUCAAAACCCCAGAAGCGGGGAAUGAAAAAGAUACAUUAUCUGAAAAAGAUCCAAAAGGAUCAUUACAUACAUCGUAACCAAGAGACGAAGUCGAACCCCUUAAACAUACAGGGCGACAUGAACAGGGCAUGACGAGCCACAGAGUGAGCUUCCCUGUUGUUAGAACGAUCAAUGAACCUAAGCGAGUAAUCUGGUAAAUCAUCUAGCAAGCAACAUAUUUCCUUCAGAAGAAUACCAACUUUGGAAUGGGUUAGGUUAUGAUUACUUUUGUAAGUUUGUUCACCCGCCUUAGUUGAAUGGGCUGGAGAUCGCUGGGCCUCAUUUCACACAACCUAUUUCAGUAUCUCGGACAGCCCAGCCGUCAACUAGUUGUAAGGCCGAAAUCAAAACUUAACCCUAAAUCUGAAAAGAUCCAUCCAACGGACGACGUAAGACGACCUCGAAGACAAAUCUUGAUCGCGGCCGUCGAAUCUCGUCCUCCACCACUUUAAAAUCGACCAGAGCUCUGCUAACUCAGCUCUGUAUUGUGUGGUGGCUGCUGCGGCGUCUUUGCUCUGGUUCUCGAGGAACAUCUGACGGUUCUCUCCUUCAACUCGAUUUUCUUUCUGCUUUCUGUUCAGGUAAUAUCGUCUUGCUCUUGGUUAGAGGAGAAUCGUGAAACGUGGAAAAGCUUUGUAUCUGUUCGAUAAUAGGCUGCACUAGGUUAUACAGCUUCAAUGGUGAUGAAAUUGGCAUCCGUUAGUUUUGGUUUUCAUGGUGUUUUUUUCUUCCUUUUGAACAAUCGGUUUUAAUACUGCAUCCUUGUUAUCGUGAAUAUCGUGAUGGCUCUGCUCAGUAGCUUGCUGUGAUUUGGAAUGAAUUUCCCUCUCUGUUAACAUCUAAUCAGGGCUGGAGUCUCGGAAAUGGCUCUCUUUAUCGAAUACUCUUAAUUGGGUAUUCGGGAAGAAAUACAUAACGAGCCUGGGAGAAUUGGCACAAGCGAUUGUGCCAUAGGCCUGUGGUUUUGAGGGAAACGUUUUUCUUCACUUUUUAGCUGGGCUGAGUGGAUAUCAUCACGUAUUUACAGUGCUGGAUUGCAUCUUUUAUGUGAUUGUUUUGGUUCAUAUGUGAAAUCCGAAAGGUGCUCUCUGCCUAUCCUUCGUGAAAGUCAAAACGUUUUUGUCAAAGAAUUACACUUGCAAUGAUGGGCACAGUUCAAUUUCCUAUGUUGAAUGCUUCAUUGUUGCAUCUGUCUGUAGUUUUAUCGAUAUUUUCGUUGAUGUGUUUUUGUAUUGUGAGCUUAUGGUUAUUUGUUUCAUACAGUGAAUUAUCGCUGAAAUCGCACAAUGUCCCAUCGCAAGUUUGAGCAUCCAAGGCAUGGUUCCUUGGGAUUCCUUCCCAGGAAGAGAGCUGCAAGGCACCGCGGAAGAGUGAAGGCUUUCCCCAAGGAUGACCCAUCAAAAGAACCCAGACUGACUGCUUUCUUGGGUUACAAGGCUGGAAUGACCCAUAUUGUCAGAGAGGUUGAGAAGCCAGGGUCGAAGCUUCACAAAAAGGAGACCUGCGAAGCUGUUACCAUAAUUGAAACACCACCACUGGUUGUUGUUGGAGUUGUGGGCUACAUCAAGACACCCAGUGGCCUCCGGUCUCUGAACACUGUCUGGGCUCAGCAUCUGAGCGAGGAUGUCAAAAGAAGGUUCUACAAGAACUGGGCUAAGUCAAAGAAGAAGGCUUUCACUAAGUACUCCAAGAAGUUCGAGUCCGAUGAAGGGAAGAAGGAUGUUACAUCCCAGCUGGAGAAGAUGAAGAAGUAUGCCACUACCAUUCGUGUGCUGGCUCACACUCAGAUUAGGAAGAUGAAGGGAUUGAAGCAGAAGAAGGCCCAUUUGAUGGAGAUCCAGGUCAAUGGUGGAGACAUUUCCAAGAAGGUGGACUUUGCCUACAGCUUCUUUGAGAAGCAGAUUCCAAUUGAUUCCGUCUUCCAGAAGGAUGAGAUGAUCGACAUCAUUGGUGUAACCAAGGGUAAGGGUUAUGAAGGUGUUGUCACUCGUUGGGGUGUCACCCGUCUCCCCCGAAAGACCCAUCGUGGUCUUCGCAAGGUUGCCUGUAUUGGAGCAUGGCAUCCUGCUAGGGUCUCCUACACUGUGGCUAGAGCUGGACAAAAUGGUUACCAUCAUCGUACUGAGAUGAACAAGAAGAUCUACAAGCUUGGGAAGUCUGGCCAGGAUUCUCACUCUGCCAUGACUGAUUAUGACAGGACUGAGAAGGAUAUCACACCUAUUGGAGGGUUCCCCCACUAUGGUAUAGUGAAGGAGGAUUACAUCAUGAUCAAGGGCUGCUGUGUCGGUCCCAAGAAGCGUGUGGUGACAUUGAGGCAGUCUCUGUUGAAGCAGACUUCCAGAACUGCAACGGAGCAGGUGAAUCUCAAGUUCAUCGACACUUCUUCCAAGUUUGGGCAUGGACGGUUCCAGACUACACAGGAGAAGCUCAAGCACUACGGUCGCCUCAAGGCUUAGUUUUCUCAAGAACAGAGUUAUAUUUACUCAGGCUACUGUUUUGCUAGAUAUUCCAGUCGGUUAUUCGAACAGUUUCUUGUUUUGCACUGUGUUCUCAUAUAUGUAGUUUAUUAGCUAUGAAGUUGGAAAUACUUGUGAUCUUGUCUUCAUUAUUUUGUUUCUGUAGACACAGUUUUUAAGUUUUGCUCUUUAAUUUGCUUCUUAACGUUGCCUCUCAACUGAAAUCAACACCCUAUCUAACUUUGAGGACAUGCUGUGGUCAAUUAUUUUCGCUGGAUGAACUGAAAUCAACAACUUAUGUAACUUUGAGUACAUGCUGCUGUUUUUUGAGUAUGUAUUUACUAUUUUACUUUGAUGGGAUUGUUAUUAGGGAGGUUCUUGGUAGUGGUUCUUUCGAAUUAUCUUUGUCAUUUCUCAGAAGAAAACAAAAAUUCUUUUUAAUU